UCAUAGUACUACGCUCCAGUAAGAUAGAGAUGGAGUGUGGAUGCCCAGAAAAACAAGGGACGCACAAAUCGAAUCCUCUUUAUCCCUAACCUCGUGCCCUAAUUCCUUCCUUCCUCCCUCCCUCCCCACCCCUCGCUCCUCUGUUCGUCCGGCUCUCGCUGCUGGUACGCGCGCUUCCGUGUUUCGCGUUCGAUUUGGCCGCAUCGCUCGAUUCUGGCGGGGUCUCCUCGUUUCCUUUUGCGGCGCCGAUUGAUCCGUCCGGGGGCGUCCUCUGACGUUGUUCUCGGUUUACAGGGCUGAUCUGGUCUCCAAUAGCGCCGGAGCGAACGAAUGUGCUGACCGAGGGGGCGCCCUGGAUUCUCGCCCAUGGCGGAGUGUGCGGCUGCAGCGUCGUGCAUCAAGCUGCAUUUGCGCGGAGGUGGCGUCAAGAAAGGAGGCUUCAGCCGGAAGUUGUACUUCAGGAGGCAUGGCUGUAUGAGCAGUGAUAUUAUCCAUAUUCCGAGAGGUGGAACUCAUAGACUUAGUAGUGGCACUGCAAAAAGAAGGCUAGAUUAUCAGCAGAAGGCAUCAUCUGUUGGCUGUCAUUGUGUAGCUUCUCUUGUGGACUUUGAUGGUGCAACGGCAUUGGAGUUCACAACUAUGGUUGAUCAGGCACUUCUAGUGGCGAGUAUCCUUCUUACAUACAUGGCUGGAGUUGUUCCCAUUGGGAAGCCUAGAUUUUCUCCUAGAAGGAUCAUUUCUGAUGAUGAUGCCAUCAAUGAAGGCUCAACCCUGUCUGGUAGUAACGUAAAGGUUGAUGACCACUUUCAAAAAUGUGCUUGGGAUGUAAUAAAAGGAAAGCUCGUGGAAUCUCUAGAAGCCAUUGAUCAUGCCAGUGUUUCAGAAGAUAAAAUUCAAGAGCUGGAAAAGCUUCAUGCAAAGAAACCUUUAAGUUUGAACGCUAUUGCCGGGGGUCCAAGACUACGGUUGGUUUGGGCUGUUCUUACGUAUCUUGAGAAAGAGGUGGACAGUAUCCCAGAAGGUUUUGAAAAUGGGACUGUGGAAGAUUGGUUGGUUCUGUUUUCUGAAAUCAUACAGAGUUCCUCUCACCCUGUGUGUGUGGCUUGGCUAGACAAUGAACUUUCUGAAAGAAGUAGCGAUGUGAAAGAGGCAUUAUUUACUUUGAUGCUCCAGAAAUUAGAAGGAGACAGCACCAUACUUCAGAACAUCAGGAGAUCGGGCAAGGAGGAUCUUUUUGCAGAAUUACUCUGCUUUUUAAAAUUUGGUUCUCUCAGGAAGGAUUGCUAUUACAACAGUUGCUUGUUUGUCUCACAGGGGAUUUCCAUUCUAGAAGAUCUGGUGAUUGCAAUAGCAGAUGGCAUUGCAAGUAUCUAUUUGGAGCUCAUCUCCGUAGAUGGAAAUUUGUCAAAUGAGAUGAAUAAUUUGGAUUUGGCUCUGUGCUCUUUGUCAACCCGAGCUCUUCAAAGAUUACGUAAUGAGGUGGCUUUGAACCUGUGGUUGCAUCAAAACAUAGAGGCAGUAGUUUCCAUGUAUGAGGAUCGCUUUGACCUCUGUAUACUUCAAAGUCAGCCCAUUGAGGAACCAAGCAAAAGCAUCUCAGAAAAUCUUGGUUGGUGGGAAAACUUUUUUCGGAAGAAGUCUGGAACAAGGUCAUCUCUGCUUCAUCAUGUCAUCGUUGGCCAAUUUUCAAUGCCUGUGAAGCGAACUAAAGAACUAAGGGCCCUAACAGGGUGGAGGUACUACUUCAGUCUAUUUCUCGAAUUGUCAGACAUAACUACACCGGUUAUCAGAACCUUCGUUAAAAAAAUCAGUGACGCUGUAUCCUUCUUCCUCAUCUGCUUGAUCGGGAGAUCGCUAGGGCUCAUCUACACUGGAAUUAGGCAGUCCCUUAGGUGGAAGUGAGGCGCUGUUCUGACAAUUUUGUUUUGCAAUUUUUCUCAUCUAACAUUCUUUCCUUUAGGUGCUAUUAUUGGCUCUACUCCAAAGUUAAGAACGAUCACUGAUGUGGGCUUCUUGCACACUCCACAGAUUUUUAUGUCGCCUCCGACCAUUUAAAGCGAUUCUGAUACACUUCGAAAGUCUUAGUGUGCCCGCCAUAUAAUUGAAA